CUGCAGGAAGCCCUCCCCGGGAGCCUUGCCCAGCUACCCGCCUUCGAUUGCCCCACCUCCUCUGCUCCUCCCGCCCUCCCGGGGCAGGAUAGUGGAGCGCAGCCGGAGGCGCCUGCAGAUGCGGGUGGUAUAAUAGGAAUUCAUAAAAAUGUCAGGUGUGGUCCCCACAGCCCCUGAGCUGCCUACAGGAGAAAUGGAAAAUCAGACAAUGUCACCAACUGCAGUAUCUGAUCCCCCACCUGACUACAAUUCCCAUUUUGUGCCAGGCCCUGGUGGACUAGCUGUCCCUCCACCUGCAGGCUUGCCUAUGGGACACAACGUUCUGCAGUAUCCCGGUGCCAUCCCCUUGUACCAUCCCACUGGUGGCGCCCAUCCUAUCCAGUACCAGCCUGGCAAAUAUCCUAUGACGAAUCAGCCUGCUCCGGUAAUGUGGAUGCCAGGGCCGGCUCCUAUGCCCAGCUGCCCUCCGGGUCUGGAAUACUUAGCUCAGUUGGACAACAUACAUGUUCUUCAGCAUUUUGAGCCUCUGGAAUUUAUGACAGGUUAUGAAACUAAUAAUAGAUAUGAUAUCAAAAACAACAUAGACCAGAUGGUGUACAUUGUAAAUGAAGACACAGAUGACUAUACCAGGAAUGCCUAUCGGAGCCUACGACCCUUCGUGCUCCGGGUCACUGACUGCCUGGGCCGAGAGAUCAUGACCAUGCAGAGGCCUUUCCGAUGUACCUGCUGUUGCUUCUGUUGCUCCUGUGCAAGGCAAGAGCUGGAAGUGCAAUGUCCUCCCGGUGUCACCAUUGGAUUUGUUGCAGAACACUGGAACUUAUGCAGAGCCUCUUACAGCAUCCAAAAUCAGAAGAAAGAGAGUGUGAUGAGAGUGCGUGGUCCAUGCGCAACCUACGGCUGUGGUUCAGAUUCUGUUUUUGAGGUCAACUCUCUAGAUGGCGCAUCUAACAUUGGCAGUAUUAUCAGGAAGUGGAAUGGCUUUCUAGCAACAAUGGGAGAUGCUGAUCACUUUGAGAUUCGCUUCCCUUUGGACCUGGAUGUGACGAUGAAAGCAAUGAUCUUCGGCACUUGCUUCCUCAUUGACUUCAUGUACUUUGAAAGGACUCCUUCACGGCAUUCAUCAGGAUAGAGGGAUCAAGCAAAGAGUCAGUUGAAAACAAAAUUAGGGAAAUAUGCAUUGGUCUCACAGUCAGCCUUCGGUUAUUUGCAAGUAUUUUUCUCUGGCUUGAACACUGCUUUUACUGGUAUAAAUUCAAGGAUGCAGUCAGGACACACGUCCCAGUCAAGUAUUUGGCUUCUUGGGACACUAGCUUGUUCUGAAAAAUCUGCUCUAUUAGCCAAGUAAACAUAUACAAUGCAAGCAAUCAACAAUAGUCACGUGAGCUAUGGGAAAACGAAGCCCCUAGUCCUCACCUUAACAGGUAGUAACACAUCUUCUGUGUCUGUCCCUCUCUUCUUUGUCAAGAGUGUAAACUUGAUUCCAGGUUGGACUGCUACUCUUAACCUUCAUCUUUAGAUCCUAAAAAGGCACACACAGAAAUAACGUGCUUUAACAAGCAAAGCAAAUACUUUUUGUGGUCAUGUAUCAGAGGCUUAUUCUGCAACAGUCAUAAAAGUGCAUAAAGUUCUCAGUGGGGACUCGGAUUUUAUUACAAAAUAAUGUGUAUUCUCCUUGUAGUUCAGUUUGUACUUCCCACAAGUAUUUCCUCAUCUCUUCAGCUGGGCGAUUUGGAGCCAGCUAUUUAUGAAGGCAGGAUGAGGCUACUACAGAGAGUUGACCAGAGCCACAGACAAAUAAGAUCUUCACAUAUUAGGGCUUUGGUGCUGGAGUACUAACCUUGUACAUUCACUUACUUGGCACAUUAAGCGUUCAUACACACUUCAUAUCUGAAUUUUUAUUCUGAAGUCUAGGAUUACGUAUUGUAUCCUUGUAACUCACUUGGCAUUUUUUCAAAAUCAGCCUAAUGAUCAGGAUGUCCUAAUGACAAAAAAAGUUUAUAAAAACUGAAUGCAUAAAUCUUAUCAUUACUUACCAUUGCUUGCCUGCUUUCUAUGUUAAACAGCUCUUUACACACAAACAACAGGAAAACGCAGUAAAUAUGUUGCCUUCAACUUCUCUCCAGAUUGUCAGUGAAGACUAUGGAGACUCAAUCGAGUACUUGUACGUACCAAGGAUGGUGUGUGUAUGAAUACACCAAUUAGUGAGUCUCUCACCUUGGCUUCCUAUCUGCACGUUGACUGUGUUCUUUCAUGGAUAUAUUCUUUUAGAGCUUAUUUAAUGAAGAUUAAGUGUUCUUAGGUUGGGUUACCCUGAGAGAAGAGGCUUAGCUCACUGCCCUUUUUGAAACAAACAACAGGUGCUUCACUUUUAAUUAUACUAAUCUUUUCAUGAUAAAGAUUGUUUUAUUGCAUGUUUUGUAAAAAUUCUUUACUUGCCGCCGUUCAUUUUUAUAAAAACUAAGAUAUAUGAAUUGUUUUUAAAAACUAAAUUCCUUAUUUUUAAAAUGCAACUCCAAUAGUAACUAGACAUACCCACUUUCUGUAUUACUAUCUUAUAUUUUGCAUAUAAACCAGAUAAACAGAGCUCCUGUAUAAGCUUGUCAUUUUACCCACCCUGGCCUUAUGUUGAUAGUCAGGUACUUUACAUCUCUGUUUCAUAUUUUAGUGUUUGUGAUACUAAUACUUCUCCAACUGAAAAAUUCCUUAGGCAUAAUAAAGUGUCAUAUUUUAAUGUAAUUCGUUCAAUUUUAUUGUAUGAAAUUGACCAAAAACUAAAAAAAAAAGAACUUUUUUUAAAGUUGAGUAUUUUCUUGUACCCUGAGGCUUCUUAAACCUUUAAAUAAAUAUGUAAUAGAA